UCUCCAACUACAAAACCCUAAAAACCUUCUCACCGCCGUUUCGGCAGCUGAGCCCUCGCUACUUUACUCUCUCAUGUCUAAAGCGACGGCUCACUGCCGCACUCGGCAGCAGGAGAAUGCCGGUAAUGAACAGCCAAAGGUCGAAUGCCCAUUGUCCUCUAAGCGCCGCACUCGGUAUCGGCAGAAUGCCGUCGAUGAGCAGCCGAAGCUCCUUGAAUCCCCCUCAUCUGUGCGCCGCACCCGGCAGCGGGAUGGUGCUGUUGAUAAACAGUCGCAGCUCCUCGAAUCGCCUUCCUCUUCCGCGCGCUGCACUAGGCAGCGGCAGGGUGAUGCCGGGGAGCGGCAGACGGUCAUAUCCUUGAAGAGGAAUAAGGUGGCCUCUGAGACUGCUAAUGGUUUCCCUGAAGAAGCGGGUACUGUUGCAUGUGAAGGACACAGCCCGUCGCGGAAGAAGAUAAAGGCGCCAGCUCCCACUGGUGUUAACAAGCUUGAAGAGGAGGGAAAAAAUUUGGAUAUGGAAAAAGAAAACGAAAAAAAAGUAGAGAAGGAUGAGCUUUGUGAAGAUCCGGCCGCUAAUUCGUCGAAUAAGAAGAAAGGGGAUUCUGGAAAGAAAGUGGUGAAGAAAGAACAGGAGUCAAUUUGUAGAUUUAUUGGUGAUCCUGUACCUGUCAAUGAAGCUAAAAUUAGAUGGCCGGAGAGAUACACCAAGAAGGUUGGUGGGCCAAAGUCUAUAUCUUCAUCAGACUAUGGAAAUGAAGAUGAAGCUGAGCCUGCCAAAGCUAAAUGCCAUUAUUAUCAGGCAAUGGUUGAUGGUGUUGCCUAUAACCUCAAUGAUGACGCACAUGUUAAGGCCGGUGAUGGUGAACCAGAUUAUAUUGGACGUAUUAUUGAAUUUUUUAAAACUGUUGAAGGGAAGCUGUAUUUUAGGGCCCAAUGGUUCUAUAAAGCUGAGGAUACUGUAAUUAGCUAUCAUGCGAAUGACCAUGAUAAAAGAAGAGUCUUUUUGUCUGAAGACCGUAAUGACAAUGAUUUAGAAUGCAUUGUGUGCAAGAUUAGAAUAGUUCGGAUUGCAAAUAACAAUGGUUUACCUUUAAAAGAUGAGAUUCCAGAGUGUGAUUAUUAUUAUGAUAUGUCAUACUCACCCUUCUAUUCCACUUUCGCCAAUCUCCCCAAAGAUGAUACUAGCGGUGUUAGUUCAGUGUCAACUACUUCAAGUGACGAAGGUUUUGAAUUAGAAGCAUCUCCAAUGAAUGCUAAUUUGCUAGAUUUGUACUCCGGUUGUGGUGCAAUGUCUACUGGCUUGUGCCACGGUGCUCAACUUGCUGGUCUUAAUCUUUACACUACGUGGGCUGUAGAUGUUAAUUCAUUUGCCUGCCAAAGUUUACGGUUGAACCAUCCAAAAACAAAGGUCCGAAAUGAGAAGGCUGAGGAUUUUCUUACUCUCUUGAGAGAGUGGAAGAAAUUAUGUGAGGAAUUUUCCUUGGACGUGAAACAUCCACCCAGGCCGAACAAAGAGUCAGAUGACUUUAGCGAUGAUGGCGGCGAUAAUGAUUCAACUCCUGUGCCUAAAGGGGAGUUUGAGGUGGAUCAUUUCGUUGAUAUUUGCUUUGGAGAUCCAAAUGAAAUUGGCAAAAAAGAGUUGAUGUUUAAGGUGCGAUGGAAAGGCUAUGGAGCAAGUGAAGAUACAUGGGAACCUAUAAGUGGCCUAAGCAAGUGUUCUGAGAGAAUUGAAAAUUUUGUUCGAAAAGGAUACCAAAACAAAAUUUUGCCUUUGCCUGGAGUUGUCGAUGUUAUUUGUGGGGGUCCUCCUUGCCAAGGUAUCAGUGGGUUUAACAGAUUUAGAGAUUAUAAUAAUCCACUUGCGGAUAUCAGAAACCAACAAAUGGCUGUAUUUAUGGAAAUCGUGGAUUUUCUUAAGCCUAAAUAUGUCUUGAUGGAGAAUGUCGUAGAUAUUCUUAAGUUUGCUGAAGGAUUUCUAGGGCGGUUUGCAUUUAGCAAGCUGGUUAAAAUGAAUUAUCAAUCUAGGUUAGGUAUAAUGGCUGCUGGCUGUUAUGGCCUUCCCCAAUUUCGAAUGAGAGUAUUUCUAUGGGGUGCUCAGCCCAGUGAGGUUUUACCACAAUUUCCUCUACCUACACAUGAUGUACUAGUUCGAGGUGGUGCCCCUGUGAAAUUUGAGCAAAAUAUUGUUGCUUAUAAUGAAGGUCGACGGCCACAACUUGAGAAGGCCUUAUUUCUUGGUGAUGCCAUUUCAGACCUUCCUAAAGUAGAAAAUAAUGAAGCAAGAGAUGAAAUGCCCUAUGGAAGCAGUCCAAAAACAGAUUUUCAGUUCUCCAUCCGCCUCACCGAACCAGAUUUGGUAGACCCCUCCUCCAACCCAAAGAAGGCAGUUCUCCAUAAUAACUUAUUUGAUCAUCGACCAUUGCAGUUGAAUGAAGAUGACUAUAUGCGUGUAUGUAGAGUACCUAAAAAAAAGGGAGCCAAUUUUCGAGAUUUUCCUGGUGUUAUAGUUGGUCCCAAUAAUGUUGUGGAGUUUGAUCCACAAAUUGAACGGGUUUUACUUCCUUCAGGGAGUCCUUUGGUUCCUGAUUAUGCUAUGUCAUAUAUCAAGGGAAAAUCUCCAAAGCCCUUUGGACGGCUAUGGUGGGAUGAGACUGUGCCCACGGUAGUAACUAGGGCAGAGCCACACAACCAGAUUAUUUUACAUCCUGAACAGGACAGGGUGUUGACCAUAAGGGAAAAUGCUAGGCUUCAAGGAUUUCCUGAUUACUAUAAAUUGUGUGGUCCUAUUAAAGAGAGGUAUAUCCAAGUUGGUAAUGCAGUUGCUGUACCAGUUUCAAGAGCCCUUGGUUUUGCACUAGGCCGUGCAUUCCAAGGCAAAGGCGGUGAUGAUCCUACCUUUACUCUUCCUGCAAACUUCCCCCACUUUGGUGUUGGGGCUGGUGAAGCAAUCAAUUGACGAGCCAGAAGAAGAAAAAAAGUUUUAUAUAUUCUAUUUUUUAUGAUAUUUUAGAAUUAUAAAACUUCAAUUCCAUAAUUUAUUAUCUAAUCUCUAACUUAGAGUAGUAUCCUUUGCUUGUCAAUCAUAUGUUGUACCAUUGUGAGUUUUAAAGUGAUUUAGGCUUUGUUUGGGAUAACUUUU